AUGGAAAAAGAAAAGGGUAGCGAAAAUGAUAGUAACACGGGCUCGCAGAUCGGGACGGAGAUCUUCGAGGAUUCCGUGGACCGUACGGAAGAUGCGGAUGUGAAGUCUCCUCAAGCGACGGCGACGCCACUGGCGGAACCGAAGACUUCUGGUGUUCCGGAUGGCGGCCUAGUAGCAUGGCUCCAAGUCCUCGGAGCCUUCGUCAUCAUGCUUGCGAGCUGGGGCCUCAUCAACUCGUUUGGCGUGUACCAGACGUACUACGAGACCGAUCUCCUCCGGUCCAGCACAUCUUCUGACAUCAGCUGGAUCGGCUCCUUGCAAGGUGCCCUCCUCAAUAUGGGCGGUUUGGUAUCCGGCCCGCUGUUCGACGCGGGCCACUUCCGCGCGCUGACCAUCUCGGGCUCGGUCCUUGUUGUGCUUGGCCUGUUCAUGACGUCCUUGUGUAAGACGUACUGGCAGGUCUUACUGGCACAGGGUGUUGCGGUGGGAAUUGGGUGCGGUCUGUUGUUUCUCCCGUCUGCGGCGAUAUUGAGCCAGUAUUUUGCGCGAAGACGCGCGCUGGCGUUAGGUUUGCAGUCUUCAGGCUCGCCUGUUGGGGGCAUUGUCUUUUCGAUCCUGUUUAGUAGGCUACAACCGCGUAUUGGGUUUGGGUGGGCGACGCGCGUGAUGGCGUUUAUUCUCCUGGGGCUGCUUGUCGUGCCGCUGGUUUGUAUGCGCCCACGUGUCGCGCCGCCUCGACAUAAGCGUGCCUUUUUCGACCGCGACGCCGUACGGGAUGUGCCCUUUAUGAGUUUCGCGAUUUCAGCCCUGCCGUCAUUCAUGGGAAUGUUCGUGCCGUUUUUCUAUUUGCAACUGUUUGCGUUACGACGCGGCAUCGCGAGCGCCGACCUAGCUGCGUAUCUAGUCACGUUGCUCAACGCCGGCAGCGUCUUUGGGCGUAUCUUGCCCAAUUUUGUUGCCGACUACUUGGGUUCGAUGAACAUGUUAGCCGCAAUGACACUAGGCGCCGGUAUCCUUGCCUUCAGCUGGCUCGGCGUGCAUGAUCUCGGAGGAACAAUUACGUUUGCGAUACUCUUUGGAUUUUUCAACGGGGGGGUUGCAAGCUUGCCUCCUAGUGCUAUCGUGACCCUUACGCCGGAUCUAGGCCGCCUUGGUACUCGUAUGGGCAUGUUGUUCGCAUUCAUCGGAAUAGCAGUAUUGGUGGGAACGCCAGUUGCGGGUGCAAUUUUGAAAGAUGUGAAUGAUGACGGAGCUUGGAGGGGAUUGAUUGCGUAUUGUGCUACGACGGUGUUUAUAGGGGGGCUCGGGUUUGUGGGUACGCAAAUCUUGCAUUUGAAGAGAGUGAGAAGUACAAAGGUGUGA